AUGGGGCAUCCCAUGUUCCCGGCGCACGCCGCCGAGCCCUGCCCCCCUCCUGGCCUCCCUGCAGGACGGCUCCUGACCUACCCCAGGCCCUUGGGAGGGCAGAAGUCAGCCUGCAGGAAGACUGGGAGGGCCAGGCGGGCGCCACAGCGCAGUCCGGCUCAGGAGUUGGCCUGCCGCCACAGCACCCAGGCCGGGGGAGGGCAGGCUCUAGACCUUCAGACCUUCGCCCCACCCCAGCGGGGUCAGCCAGGCAUGGCACGCUGCUGGCAACAGGGUACCUGUCUCUCCACCGCCCUCACAGGCUGGCUGCUGGCCCUGCUAGCUUCUGCCCUUCCUUCCACCUGUCUGGAUAGACUUGCUGGGGACAACGUAUCUCUCGCCAUCCCGUUCUCUUUACCAGCUCCUGAAAUGGUAACCACCAUUGCCUGGAAAAAGAAUCAAAUCAACGUGGCCACAGGAUACUUCAGGCCCAAUUUCUCAGUCGUGGUUGAUUCUGAGUAUCUGUCUCGGUUCCACGUGGAUCCCAUCAGCGGAGGCCUCAAUAUCACUGCACUGAAGCUCUCUGAUUCCGAUGUCUACACAGUGGUGGUGGUGCCCGUCGGAAGCGUGGAGUCGAAGGCAGACGUCACGCUCAAGGUGUAUGAAAAGAUACACAGCGUCUCCGUGACCGUGUCACCUACGGAAGUGUUCGAAGGGAACAGGUCAGUGACACUAAACUGUGGCCCGGUCCAAGGAUCUGUCACCUGGACCAAGGAUGGUCAGACCCUGGGUGAGGACCCCCGAUAUGUGCUCACCGAUGGUUCCCUGAAGAUCAGCCAUCCUCAGCGUGCCGAUGCAGGUAACUACGGCUGCACCAUCUCCAACCCUUUCAGUAACGGGACCAGCACGGCUCAACUGACUAUCUACUAUGGCCCCGACACCCCGAGAAUCAACGUCUCCUCGACAGAUCCGGAUGCUGACAAGGAAAGCUUCGUGCUUGUGAAUACCAGUGUGAACCUCACCUGUCUGGCUCCCUCCCAGCCCCCAGCAGAGAUCUACUGGAAUGUGGCAGAUCCGGAGGACAACGUGGUGCCUUCUUCACCAAGUCUUCUGCUCCCCAGCGUGCAGCUGAAUCAGGCUGGAACCUAUUCAUGCUUGGCCAUCAACCGGCGCACCAAACUGCAAGUCCGAAGCACCUACCGUCUCACAGUUGCCCAACGACCCACUGGAUCCCCCCACUGCUCUGUGUCUUCAACAAACAAUGGCACUGCUUUGCUUUUUGCUUGUUCCUGGCCUGGGGGCUUCCCCGAUCCCCAUUUAAGCUUCCUGGGCCUGCCAGUGAAUAAGGAGGUCACUUCCUCUCACUUGGAGCACCUGGAGGUCUCUCCCUUCCCAGCUGGGCUCAGCGGCCAGAACAUCACUUGCUUGGCGAACCAUUUGACCGGUCAGAGGCAAUGCAGCAUCAUUCCAGAAGCCCCCUCAGGGGUCUUCCUCUCAUUCCAGGCCUCUGAGGACACAAGAAGGAUAGUUACCAUGGAAAUGGAUUGCCAGGGCACCUUCAACCCGGCAGAGAUUGGUUGGCUUCGGAGUGGGCAUCCGCUGGCUUCGGAUGGAGACCGCUUUAAGCUCAGCCCUGAUGGAACCAGGCUCUCCAUCUCGAACUUCACCACCCCGCAGGACCUGGGGAAUUACAGUGCCAACUGCACCAACCCACUGGGGUUCCAAGAUGCCAACCUCACGCUCAUUGGUCCCACCAUCUCAGAGUGGGAUCUGUCCCGCGGAACCGAGGCUGGAUCUGCGCACAUUGCCUGGAAAGUUCCCAGUGGAUCUGUAGUCACCGGUUUCCAGAUCCAGAUGCAGGGGCCUCGACAAGCUCGUUCUGCCUCGCAAUGGGAAACAAUUCAAGAGCUGGAAGCAACCAACCGGUCCACCACUGUGAUGGGGCUGCAAUCCCAGUCUUCAUAUUCCUUUCGGGUGGUGCCCCUCUUGGGAUCCCAAGCUGGAAACCCUUCUCAGGUCCUGACCCUACAGCCAGAGCCGCAUCUGAGUCCUGGAGCCAUUGCUGGAAUUGUGAUCGGCUCCCUCUUGGGCUUCAUUUUGAUCCUCGCCCUUCUGAUCUUGCUGAUCUGCUUUGUUCGCAGAGCACGCAACCAGAAAGUCCCUCCCACACCACCGGAGAAUCGUCAUCAUUACCUGUCUCGCCAGUUCCCCCAUGGUAAAGAGUCAAAUGAGCCUUCCUGGGGAAAUCCUCGCUGGUCCUCUGGAGACUCAGACAUCUAUACCAUCACCUAUGAAGAACAUCUGCGUAGAUAUGGAGGGCCGGCCACCUUGUCCUUUCAUAGCAGAGACAACGGUCACUGCAAUUCCACUUCUUCGCUUCCGCAGCCCGGCGCCAAGAACAUUCGCAGCGCUACUCAGGUCUGACUUUGGGAGGGCGCGUCAAGAGACUCGAACCGGGGAGCUGCCCGUUUAUGUGGGACUCCAGAAAUGGAGCUGUGCCUCAAUAGAAGAAGAAGAAGAAGAGUUGGUUUUGAUACCCUGCUUUUUCUGGUUUUCACGGAGUCUCAAAACAGCUUGCAAUUGCCUUCCCUUGCCCUCCCUACAACACACACCUUGUGGGGCUGAGAGAGUACUGGGACUGCCCCAAGGUCACCCAGCAGGCUUCACGUGGAGGAGCAGGGAAACAAACCUGGCUCGGCAGAGUCCAGUCUGCUGCUCGUGUAGAGGAGUGGGGAAUCAAACCCUUUUUUUCAGGGGUUAGAGCCUCCUGCUCUUAACCGCUAUACUACGCUAAGCAUGGGAUGCUAGCUUCUGGAAGACAAGCCUUGGUUUCUGAACAUACCUUGUGGGACCUUGUGGAAAAAGCCACCUAGCAAGCCCCAGUGUCGGAGACCAAGGUGUCCGGUGAGAAAUCUUUUGGCUAUAUUGCACACAGUCAUGGGAUCUAGGCAUUGGAAGCAUGGACAAUAUGAAGAAG